AUGAACACUUACUUCCUUAUAGAAAGGUUUAUUGCUAAGUUUCUCCUUGAUAUAUUUUCACCGUCGGUAACUUUACUGCUCUGGUUGUCCUUGGCUGUAGGAAUUCUGUUCAACACCGGGGCUGGCCAGCACAUCUUGAAAAAUCCGCUCAUCGUCAACAGCAUCAUCGAGAAGGCUGCCUUACGACGUACAGAUGUCAUUCUGGAAGUAGGCCCUGGAACCGGUAAUCUGACAGUGAAAAUGUUAGAGAAAGUAAAAAAAGUUAUUGCUUGUGAAAUUGACCCUAGACUUGUGGGCGAACUUCAGAAGAGAGUCCAGGGCACGUGUCUGGCAAACAAACUUGAAAUCAAGGUUGGAGAUGUGUUGAAAACAGACUUACCAUUCUUUGAUGCGUGUGUAGCUAACUUGCCUUAUCAGAUUUCUUCACCCUUUGUUUUCAAGUUGUUGCUUCAUAGACCUUUUUUCAGGUGUGCAAUACUUAUGUUUCAAAGAGAAUUUGCACUUCGUUUGGUUGCAAAACCAGGGACUAAACUAUACUGCAGACUCUCUAUUAAUACUCAGUUAUUAGCUCGUGUGGACCAUCUGAUGAAGGUUGGAAAGAACAACUUCAGGCCCCCUCCUAAAGUUGAAUCCAGUGUUGUCAGAAUAGAGCCAAGGAACCCACCACCACCAAUCAACUUUCAGGAAUGGGAUGGUCUGGUGAGGAUAGCCUUUGUUAGGAAAAACAAGACGCUCUCUGCAGCAUUUAAAUCAAGUGCUGUAGAGCAGUUGUUGGAUCAUAAUUACCGAAUUCAUUGUUCCUUGCAUAAUACGGAAAUACCAGAAAAUUUCAAAAUUGCAGAGAAAAUACAGACAGUCUUAAAAAAUACAGGCUACUCUGAAAAACGAGCCCGUUCAAUGGAUAUAGAUGAUUUUAUUAGGCUGCUGCAUGGCUUCAAUUCAGAAGGCAUCCAUUUCUCAUAAGUUCUCUCAGGAGAAUGGAAGAUGUUCCAUAUUUUGUCAUCCAAGUCUUACCAAAGCCAGCGUGACUGCAGUGGGACAAGAUCUCUUUCCAUAAACAACAAAUAGAACAUGGCAUGCGUAUUCUGGGUCUUUUUAAGAACAUUACAUACAGUUUUAUCACACAUAACAGGAAGAAGCUGCUGCUCCAUAUUUUAAAAGCGUUGUUAAAUUCUUUCAGGACCAAAGUGAGGUGUUGCACUUCCACUUGACUGCACAUUUUUAAAUAUAUCCUACUGACACGUGGAUUGAGCUGCCAUAACUGAGAUCUGUGUUCUCUGUUCACGGACUUCAUCUCUGUACAUUUUUGCAGUAUUCACAGUACAACUCUGAAUUCUGUUUCUGUUGCCUAAACCAGAUUUUUAGCCAUUUUGAUUUUUUCAAGUAUAUUUAAACAUUUUAUUUUCAUCUGAAAUGCUUGUCUUUUCCCUUUGUCCUUUGGUAGCUACCAGCAAUCCAAGCCUGUUUAGUAACCUGCUUAUCUUAAAGAAAUCUCAGUAUAUGUUUUUCAGAAACAAGGGCAUUUAUCUUCUGGGCUUGGUAUCGGUUACAAAAAUAUUACUGAGCUUAUCAGGAGCUACCACUGUCCAACUCCUUUAUUCCUUACUGCCAUUAAAUCACUGUAAGAAACAGCAGUAAAGUACCAGCUGAACAGCACUCAUAGGCAUGGACCAAAGUUUUCUUGUCAAAAAUUUAAAAAAAAAAAAGGCAGCUUGAAUUGAUAAUUAAGAAAACUACUUUACCAUUCAGGACAAAGGGGAGUUUUAGCCUAGACCAAAGCUUUUAGUGAGCCCCAAAGCAGUGCAUUUCUGCAUUUGAUAGAAACACUCCCUGAGGUACCUUAAUAUAGUUUGGAUUACAUAUUUCUUACUAAGGAUAUGGCAAAGUUUACCCAAGGAAGACUGCAUUAACUCCAUAUAACAGCCGUCAAAAAAAAACCAUUAUGUUCCGUCUUAACGAAUCAGGAAAAGACUAACACUGUAGCAUGAGGCAGGGGUGAAGGCAUGACUCUAUUGACUAACAUGACUCAUUUGUUUUAUAUACGGCAUAUGUCCUUCCAUAAACACAACAGCAAAUGGAGAAGAGGCAUGAAAUUAGCAAAAAAAUUUAUCCAAAAUUAAGUUCAUUUUAUUCAAAUCUAACUAGUGAUGCAAGGAAACAUUCAUACUUCAGUCAUUGAUUUAGGAACAUCUACUUGAAUUUGGAGACCUCCUGAAAUAGUGGCUUGGAAAACUGAAUUACUCAUUUAAUCUAUAAUUUCAUGAUUCUAGUGCUGCUUCCCUGCAUACAGAAUAAAUUUAUGAGUGAUGGUAAAUAGGCACAGAAAUAUGCCAAGACCAAUAUAGAAGGAAGGCAUGGUAGAGAUCUGUGUCACGCUCUUCAAAUGCUUUCAUUUUACAGGACAGGAAACAAAAUAUGCUCUCGGAGUUCAAUUCAAGUAAUUCCAGUCUGUCAUAGCAAUGGACUGCAGGACUUGAAGUGCCAUAAAAAGCCAUUAGUUUUGUAUCUAAAUUCUCACUGCUUCAGUAUUGGUGUAGAUCUGAUCUUUACAGCAUGCGCGUAUAACAAAGGCUGUUUUAACAUCCCCCCCUGCUAGACACGUGCAAUUUUAUCUUAUAUCUGCUACCUGGUAGGACUACAUAGGUUUUUUCUGGCUGCCAAACUCUAACUGCCCCUCUUCUGCCUCUCCUCUUUGGUAGCUGCUAUAAACCACAGUCUGUUUGUGGCUGUGGGCUUGCAUGGAGGAAUAGCAGGGAACUGAUUAUGUCUCAUUUUGGAUGUCUCAACCUUUGGAGACUUUAGAAAGUCAGAUUCCUUUAUAGCAACUUCCAAAAAAAAAAAAAAAAGCUUUGGCUUUUUUAGUUAACCUGUACUAUCACCUACUAACAAAAGCAACUGCCUUCCAUUUCACUUUUUUUCCCCUCUUUUUAACUGCAACGCAACUUCAGUUGCAUUCUUAAACAAAUGCUCAGAAGGAUCAGUGAUGUUUCGUCAAAAGCUGCUCUAAAACUAAGGUCAGGAAAAUGCUUCAGGGAACUUAUUCCUAUAUUACGAGCUUGCACAGAAUGGUCAUUUCCAAAAGCAAAUAAUCAUUCUGAAAUCAGAGGCCUCUGAAAUAUUUUUCAAAACAUAACAACUCAGACAUGUUUAUAAAGUAAAAACCUUCCCAAAGCAAAAUAUAACUUGCAUAGAAGUAAAUUCUCAUCUGUAAUUCAUUUAAUAGCUUAAUUUAUUAAACACAUUGUGUAAAAUCUACAUUGUUGUUUCAGGUUUCAUGUUUACAUAUAGGAGGAUUUUUUUUUUUUAAACCAUGAUGCGACAAAAGCUUCCCAUAGCCUACCUUCCUAUGGGAGAUACAAACAUUAAACAGUACGAGAAUUCCUGGCUCAUUUAACUCUCUUUUCAUUGCCUUCCCUAUAUUUCCCUCCAGCCCUGGCACAAACCGGCUUGUAUUCCAAGAGUGAUUUUUUAAACAGUUGCAAGGGAAAGACUGCUGAUAUAAACUUCUGGAAACAGGGAGAACUCCUAGAGAGGUCUACAAUACUUCACUUGACAAGAAGUUCUUACAGGAAAGGUCAAUCUUUUUUUGGAUAUUAAUUUGCAAAAAUAACUUGAGUGCCACCACCUAAAAAGUGCCGAUAACACACGGCGCCGUUUGUGAGAAUUCAGGUACUUAUGGGCUUUCUAUUAGCACUAGAUAGAGGUAUUGUGCAAAUCCUCAAAUGAUGCAGUUUCACCCCACUUUUCAGCUGCUGGCACUGUACAAAGGGUAAAAUAGGUAUUAGCUACUUUCUUUAAAGCAACAGAACUACUCAGCUACCUGCAAGCUACAGUUAAUGUACAUGUAAGUUUGUCAUGCAUCAAAAGCCAAAUUUUAACAGUAUGUAAAAGGGUACUAUGUAUUUCUUCAGCUGGAUCCCGGAACUUCGACAGUUAUCCUAUCCAUAUGUAGAGGUCAGACUGCACCUUUAUUCUGACAGCAUUAUCACACUAUACCACAUACUGUAUAUCUGCAUUAUCCUAAGAUACAACUCUCCUCAAUACUUAAACAUUACCCUUUAUUAUACAUCAACUAAUUUAUAUUUCUGUUUUUUUGUUUUUUGUUUUUUUACAGAGAAAAUGUUAGAAUUAUAUAGCCACUCUUUAUGGUAUUCAAAUAAAUCUAGAUUCCAGAUUUUUACAAGGAGGAUGGAAUGUCCAGCUGUUUGUCCACUCUAACAGCUCUUGCGGUUCCUGUUCUAAUGAUAUGGCACAUCCUGUGAAAUGAACUAGCCACCAAAAAAAAAAAGUCUCAAAACACAUUAAAAAUGUA